AAAGCAUCCUCAAUUCCACCCACUCAGAGCUGCUGUUACCAUCCUAGGAUCAGGAUAUACUUUAAGUUUCUUUUCAAUUCACAUGGAUAUUUCACCGACAUAUCCUCUGAAGGUAACCCACUAGAGAGCUUCAUUCAAGACAAAUUAGCAAAAGCUAUAAAGCCAUUGUGUCCAAUUUAUCAGCAGAAUCUACCCUGAUACUCUUACCAUCAGGCUGAGCGAGACAAUCAGCUAUUUACUUUGCCCUGAUUUGUCACUCAGUUUACUCAUCCUGAGGUUCCCCCAAUAGGCAGGUCAAUUCUCCUGCCCCAUUUUGUAGCCAAGGCAACUGAGUAGAAGGUUUAUUCACACCCAUUCGGAUCUCUUCCCAGCUCCUAAGCUGGGGGCUUGCAGCCUUCAAGGGUGAAGACACUGGCGGCUGCCAAGAGAGCCCACUGGGGCCUGUACAGAGUGAGCACACCUAUCCGAUUUAGCCCAGAAACAUCCAUCCAACUUGAAGCCAGACGGAGAGACAUGAAGCACUCAGGAAGACCUGCCAGCCCCACGGCCCUGGCAGGGUCCUGGCCACACCAUGCCCGGUGCUGGGCUCUGCAGCUGCUGGGGUGGCCGGGUGCUGCCCCUGCUGUUGGCCUAUGUCUGCUAUCUGCUGCUUGGUGCCACCAUCUUCCAGCUGCUGGAGAAGCAGGCGGAAGCUCAGUCCAGGAACGAGUUUCAGCUGGAGAAGCUGCGCUUCCUGGAGAACUACACCUGCCUGGACCAGUGGGCCCUGGAGCAGUUUGUGCAGGUCAUCAUGGAAGCCUGGGUGAAAGGUGUGAACCCCAAAGGCAACUCCACCAACCCCAGCAACUGGGACUUUGGCAGCAGUUUCUUCUUUGCAGGCACAGUGGUCACCACCAUAGGAUAUGGGAACCUGGCACCCAGCACAGAGGCAGGUCAGGUCUUCUGUGUCUUCUAUGCCCUCCUGGGCAUCCCGCUCAAUGUGAUCUUCCUCAACCACCUGGGCACAGGGCUGCGUGCCCACCUGGCCACCAUUGAGAGAUGGGAGGACCAGCCCAGGCGCUCCCAGCUACUGCGAGUCCUGGGCCUGGCUCUGUUCCUGACCCUGGGGACGCUGGUCAUUCUCAUCUUCCCCCCCAUGGUCUUCAGCCGUGUGGAGGGCUGGAGCUUCAGCGAGGGCUUCUACUUUGCUUUCAUCACUCUCAGCACCAUCGGCUUCGGGGACUAUGUUGUUGGCACAGACCCCAGCAAGAAUUAUAUCUCAGUGUACCGGAGCCUGGCAGCCAUCUGGAUUCUCCUGGGCCUGGCGUGGCUGGCGCUGAUCCUCCCACUAGUUCCCCUGCUUCUGCGCAGGUGCUGCCAGCUCUGGCUGCUCAGUAGGGGCCUCGGCGUCAAGGACGGGGCAGCCCCUGACCCCAGUGGACUCCCCAGACCUCAGAAGAUCCCUAUUUCUUCAUGAGGCUCCCAGGUGGCCCCAGAAACCCCUUACAUCCUCCCCAGUCCCACCUUACCUGCUCUCUGGAUUUCCAGGUCUGUCUCCUCCUCUUCUAACCCCCUCACUUCUCAGCCAGGACUGGUUACAGGAGCUCUCCCAAGAGAUAACGGAAAAGGUAUGCCCAAGAAAAGAACAGAGAGGAGAUGUGAGAUAGGAUUAAAAACAUGUGCGGAUAGGGAGGUGUACCCUUGUCCCAGAGCCCCUGCCACAGCCUUCCACGAAAAGGUAGCUUGGAAGAGUGGCCAGAUCUCCACUGCCCUCCCCUUCCAGGAGACCUUACACAAACAAAAGAUGACUUCACUUUUGCCUCAUUUGAUACCUGUACAGUGCAUUUGCCAAGUCCCUACUAUGUGCCAGGUGCUGUGCCAGGGUCUGGGGAUACAGCAGUGGAAGUGCCUGCCCUUGAUGUGCCUUUAGGUGCUAGACAAGCAAAGAGGUGGCCCCAACACAGUACCCAAAAUGCUAUGAUGGGAGCAGCCCCACAGUUGAUGAGAGCACUUGGAAUCGGCUGGCACUCAAAGUUCUCCAGCUUUCCUUGCCUAGAGGUCCAGGGCUGUCCUUGAACAAGGCUUAGGACCUCUUGGGUGUCCCACCCACUUUCCCAGAUAUGGCCUCCCCUGACCCUCACAGGCCACCCGCUUAACUUCAUCCCUCCCUCUGGACUCCUGCCUUCUCAAGGACCUUUGCCAACAACCCCUGGGAAGCCAGAGAGCCAGCAGAGACCAGGAUCCUUCCAGAAAGUGAGCUCAGUGAACAUCUGGCCUCUCUCAGGAAUGCAUCCUCCAGGUCUGGUCUUUCCCCUGCCAGAUUGCAACGUCCCUGACCAAAAGGAGAGAUUUGACCAAUCCAUCCCGAGGCCUGGAAACUUAGGCCUCUGCCUUUCCCACCACCCAACAGUAAGUGGGCUCCUACAUGGCUGGGUUCCUCUGCACAGGACUGAGACAAGGCUGUGGAGGCAAGGCUGUGGAGCCAAGGAGGCUCCAGGCAGGAGACCCAGGGGAGGAUCUACAGCAGCAAGAGGAGUCCAAGUCACACCCCAGGACUUCGCCACAUCCAAGAGAGGACUGGGAAGCUGAGGACGCAUGGACUCUUCACACAGCCUGGACCUUCCUCCACUCUGGGUAGAGGGGUUUUGGGGGCCUUCUCAGAAGCAAGGAGUGGACAAGCCUCUUGGUCAAGGCUCCUCUUGCCUCCCAAGCUCAUGGACAAGUGGCAAUCAGCUGGGGCCCCUCUUUUUGGGUGCAAAGGAAAGUACAGAGGUGUGGGAGACCCAAGGAGGUCUUGAGAUUGGCAGACAGCAAGUCCUUGGAGAUAGCACCCAGUCCCAGAACUUAGGCAGGGGCCCCAAGACAAUAAAGUUGGUCUCUACUAUC